CUUUUGCCUUCUUCAAUUCCGCCUGCUGCUCUUCAUGCUUCUAGUGGAAGUUUUUGGUUAAGGUCUUCCAAGCAGAUUUUGUCAAAACGUUGAUCUUGUCAUGGCAAGGAAUAAGGAAUUUAUUGAUCUUAAAGCUACAUCAAGCAAGAAUUUGCUUAGACAAUUUGAGGCUAAGAGACAAAGGAUUGUAAUUGAACGCAAGAAAUAUGAAAUGGAAGCUGCAGGUGCUAAUGACAAGGAGAAAUCUGAGUGAAGGGUGGAUGAACCAGAAAGUCAAUUGGAGAUGCAUGCAACCGAAGGGCAGAAGAAAUCCAUUUCAAAGAAUUUGGAUUUUAGUCAUUUGCAAAGCACAUUCUAUUCUAUUAGCAAAGGGACUAAUUUCAUGCCUACUGCCUUGGAAGUACAGCCAAAGAUUUCUUCGCAACAGUCAGAAAAUAAAAAAAGAAAGGAGCUAUUGAAUGUGCCUACUGCUGAGAAAGUCAAGAAUGGAGUGCAGGGUGGAAAAUCAACACAAGGCUUGAAGAAGUCUAAGCCUACAAACAUGGAGGCAGAUGAACUUACAAGGAAGCUCAAAGCAAUUCGUAAAAGGAACAGCAACGUGCCAACAAGUGUAAGCCAAGAGCGGAGUUGUCCAAGUUCUAUUCAACUCACAAUCAACCAAGGGCAGCAGCAGAAUAUUCAACUCACAGAUGAGGAGACUCAAACAGGGCAAGAUGACACAACUUUGCCUACUCUUGAAACUACCCCACAAAAUGAAAGUGCAAUGUUGGAGCAAGGAAUAUCAAGAAAGGGUAAGAGGAUGCCAGGAGUAAAGGCUACAACAAUUGGCGAAUUCUUAAAGGAAAAUGGGAUAGACGUGGAAAUUGAAGGACCGAGCACUGAACUAAGUGAGGACGGGGAAGAAAGCAUGGCACUUGAUAAAGACUAUUAUCAACAUGUGAUGGAGGACAUUGAUGAUGAAGAAGGUACUGUUUUGCUAUUUUUCUAUCUUCUCUUGUAA